ACUGAGGCUGAGCCAGCAGCAGAGCUGGGUUUCCCCUGUGCAGCAUCCUGGUACCUCCAGAAAUCCCUUUGCAUGCUCCAGAAGGUUUGGGUGUCCUCACCAGGGAGCUGGGCUUUGCAGGAGUCCAACAGUCACCGCCAGGGCAAGAAAAGGUGGUGGAAAUGUAGAUUUGUCAGGACUAUAAUCCAGCACCCAUGUCGGAGGCACGCCCCCAAACGCUCCAGGAAAGAAAGAAUGUUGAGGAAAAUCCAGAUAUGCCUCUGUUUCUGCUUUGUCUCGGGCAUUUUGUACGAGAUCUCCCUCUUGUCCAGCUGUGUCUUCUCCUACUUGCCCAUGGCCCAGCAGUACCUGACGCCUGAGCAGGUGCUGAACCUUGGCAAAAGCAUCAUUUUCCUGGAGACCACGGAGCGCCUGGAGCCGCCGCCGCUGGUGUCGUGCUCCGUGGAAUCCGCCGCCCGCAUCUACCAGGACAGGCCCAUCAUCCUCUUCAUGAGGGGGCUCACCAACGAGACAGCCCUGGACAUGAACACCAGCUACGCAGCCUUCUCCCUCUUGUCUUCCAUGAAGAAUGUCUUCCUUUUCCCUCUCCAGAUGGAAACCGUCUUCCAGGAGACGCCCCUGCUCCAGUGGUACAACCAGGUGGUCCCGGAGCAGGAGAAGAACUGGGUGCACGUCAGCUCUGACGCCAGCAGACUGGCACUCAUCUGGAAGUACGGGGGCAUCUACAUGGACACGGAUGUGAUCUCCAUCCGGCCCAUUCCCCAGCGGAGCUUCCUGGCCGCACAGAAGUCGCGCUUCUCCAGCAAUGGCAUCUUCGGCUUCCCCGCCCGCCACAAGUUCAUCUGGGACUGCAUGGAGAACUUUGUACUCAAGUACAACGGCAACAUCUGGGGCAACCAGGGCCCCUUCCUGAUGACCAGGAUGCUCAAAACGCUCUGCAACCUGACGGAUUUCCAAGGCACCGAGGACCACAGCUGCCAGAACAUCUCCUUCCUCAACCCGCAGCGUUUCUACCCCAUCCCGUACCCAGCCUGGAGCCGGUACUACCAGGUGUGGGAUAAAAGCCCCAAUUUCACCCACUCCUACGCGCUGCACCUCUGGAACUUCAUGAACCGCAACCGCAAGGUCGUGGUGGCCGGCAGCAACACCCUGGCUGAGAACCUCUACAAAACCUACUGCCCCAGCACCUAUGAGGACCUGAUCCAGAAUGCCAAGCACAGGGAUCUCCCAGAGCCUGAGGAGGCUGAGUGA